AUGGUAAACAGUGACGAUUUUAUCCAAAAAGUAGUCGGAUUGGCAGAAGGUAUUCCAGCCAUCCAGAGCAUCAGCAAAGCAACAGGAUUAUCUGUCCAAACUUUAACAUUUGGCACAAUAACUCUUGUUCUUCUUCUCAUUCUUUUUACUGUCUGUCCUAACACAACUCUGGUAUUUAUUGCAGGCUCAUACCCAUCUUAUUACACAGUAAAAGUCCUUGAAUCAAAUAAGACAAACGACGGUAAAGAAUGCUUGAAAUUUUGGUUCAUAUUUGGUCUUUUCCUUCUAAUGGAUCCAGUUCUGGAUUUUCUUUUAUCAUGGAUACCUCUGUUUUUCCUUAUCAAAGUUGGCCUUAUGGUCUUUCUGUUCUGGCCUCAAGCCAAAGGAGCCUUAAAGCUAUAUGAUAUAAUGAGACCUACUAUGACCAAAUAUCAAACAAAACUUGAGGAUUUUCUAGAGAGUUUAGCAAAAAGUUUAUAA